CAGUUUUUUUUCGGAACAGCGGCGAAAUCAUUUGUUAAAGUACACUUUUUGUUGGAAGGAAGGCACAUUUCUUUGAUACAUUACUGUUAACGGUUUGUUUUUCAAUAUGUUUUACGCGUAUUUAGUGUACGCAAAGAGGGAAAUACAGACGAACCAUCUGUUGGUGACCUGGGAGGCAAAAAAGACCCCUUUUAUUAUUUUAGCUUGAGCUAAAAUGCGCGCGUGCCAUCCGUCAUCAUUUUGUCUCCGGUUUGCGGUCGCGGGGUCAUGGCAGUGGCGGAGUGGGCCGCGGAGUGCGACGCCGAUGUUCUGGUCAGUUUCGGGGAGUCUCUGCAGGUCUAUGCGGGGCUGCUGACAGUGGCGACGGUUUGCGGGGGGCUGUGCGGGGCGUUAGCCGCCUCUCUCCUGUACGUGUUCUGCGUGAAGCCGUUGGUCCUGACCAAACAGGGCUACAAUGCCAGGAGGCUGCUGGAGCCUGAUGAUGAUGAUGGAGAGACUGAUCCCAAUCCAAGCGACUGCAACAGGAAGGAAGCUGCAAGUCUGACCAUCCACAAUGACAAAGAGAAGCAGCAGCCCAUGAACAGUGACGUGACGGCUUUUGCAUCCAGAGCAAAGGUGGUUUACCCCAUCAACCAGAAGUACAGGCCUUUAGCAGAUGGUGCUUCCAACCCAUCACUACAUGAGCACUCCAAACGUCCACCAGUGGCUGAUGAUGAGUCCUCCUCCUCGGACGGAGAAUCUUUGAGUCAAGAACAGGAUAAUGAUGACAGCAGUCAGUUUAUCUCCUCCUCACUGGUACCGAAGAGCCUGCAGAACCAAAGUUUCAUCCGGGUCUCCCACUACCCCCAGACGCUGACACAGACAUGUUUUGGGGGAAGAAUCAGUCUUUACUGUUUAGCCUUGCACAACAUACAGCAGCUCAGCUGUCGGCUUCAGGAAGACAAAUACGUGAUUUUUUUGCAGCUUUUGAAAAAAAUACUCAGCAGUCGGUUUUCAAAGGACCAAAACGAUGCAGACUUCACCAAUGAUAUUCUUCAGAUGAUAGAAAAGGACCUCAAUGACUUGAGGAAACGCUUCCCAGGGAGCCAAACUUUGAGUUGUGACGCUCACUGUUCACUGGAGGGGAUUGAAAGAGCUCAGAAGGAUCUCCUUGAACAUUGCCUGGAACUGUCCAAAGAGUUCAGCAGACAGGUGGAGAAUCUGUGUCAGCUUCUUCUGAAGAACAUCACAGAAGACGCACAGAACAUUGUUGUUUCGGUCAUUCAUACCCUGCUUUUAGUCGAAAACAGCCACAUGAAGACACAAGAAUUGGAUCUGAAGAGGAUACAGGAGACGGUGCUCUGGUGGGAGGAGUUGGGGAGUUUUGCUCAGUCACAAGCAGCUUUGCUCCGUUGGGAAGCGGUUCUGAGACACGGCCUGAUAGCAGGACUGCUGGAACAGCUAACUAGCGACGGCGUCUUGGAAUUUAGCCUCAUGGAAACCAUACUUUCAGAGAUCAACGCGGCUCUGAACGAAUGCCUUCAGCGUUGCACUGAGGAGUGCAAAAAAAAGACAGAAGAUUUGGUGAACGAAAAAUGCAGCAAGAAAGAAUCUAAGAUGAAGAAGCUCCAGAGGAGACACAUGAAGGAGAAAAGCCGAGUUCUGGAAGCAGAACAGGCUCCCAGUGAUCUGCAGGAUCUCACCAUGCUGUAUCUGGACAUGCUGAGCAAACACAGACAGCAGGUUUGUGACGAGGAGCUCCAGCAGGACCACAGGGUCACUGAGGCUCUUUUUGACCUUUGGAAGAAACUUCGUACCUGCUGGUCAAAGAGGCUCGCAGAAGCAGCCAAGGACGUCUUUCUCUCCUCACUUCCCGCCCAGACGAGUCUCAGUGCAGAACGCUGCGAGAAGAUGUGGCUGGAUGUGGGGCAGGAGCUCGCCGCUCAGCUCCAGCAGGCAGAAGGCGCCACCAGACGGCAGCUACGUGACAUUCAGGCCGAGCUGAAGCAAGACGGGAGGGUGUGGGAUGAUGGCGUUGCUGUGGUGCGCGGCUGCCUGAAGCAUCUGGGUGAACAACAGAUGAAAAUCCUCCACAGCAUGGUGGUCAGACAAAGCUACACACUCAGCAGUGUGAUGGGGAGCCUGAUAGAAAGGAAACAUGAGCACCUCCUGGUGGUGGUACAGAGGUACUUCCUUGUCAGGCACGUGUGUCUGCACAUGCUGAAGGAGAUGAGGCUGUCCAAGCUGAAGGCUCUCUCUCAGACUGACUUCAGAGCUCUGCUGGUGGAGGAGUCCGGUCAAGGCUGGCCCUGGGUUCAUUUACCUCACAAGCAGAGCAGUGCUGCUAGCCUGGCAGACAGGCAUCUGGGCCCGGAGAGCCAGCUGCUGGAGCACAGCCGCCAACAGGAGUUCCUGUCGGAGCUGGAAACUGCAGGAGAGCUCCUUCAGAGCCACGCACAGCUGGUGCUUGGCAACGCCCUCAGUCACGCCAUCCAUCAGAGCAUGGAGGCCGCAGCCAGACGGUUACCGACUGCUCCCAAACUGGAUGACAGCUUGAAACACCACCUGACAGAAGCUUCAGCACAGAGCGUCUAUUUGACCAAAGACUCUCUUACUGCACUUGUUCAGAGCUACUACUCCCGUCUGAAAGACGUCAGCAGAAAAAUGCAGCCGUUUAACACAAACCAGGAGACGAGCGGACGGCAGGAGGGCAGCCGUCAGCUGAGGAGAGUCCUGUUGAGGGAGCUGGAGAUCUGGGGCAAAAAACCGGCUUCUGCUGAGUUUCAACAGAGGGUGGAGCUAAAUAAGAGAAAAGUGCUGGAGCAGAGUGAUUUGGACCAUGAGUUCCUAUUUGAGGUGAUCAGACAGAAGAAGGUUGCUCAGGAAGAAAGAAUGGAGGCCAUGAAAACACAGUUGACGGAGGCAGAAGAAAGCUUCAUAGCUGAGCUGGCAGCUGUGGCCCGCGUUUCCGUCCACGCUCCCGAACCAGAGCUCCGUGCGGAAGAGGACAGCAUCGCUGGUGACCCGUGUCCGCCUCCUGUGCUGGACCUGCUGGCCCUCAACCCUGCUCUAGAUCCAGCCUUGAAUCCUUCACUCACUCCGACUUUUGUUGCUCCAGCGGCAAAGUCCAGACCCAAGAAGAAGAGAGAACGAGAGGCUCCUGUCAGCUGAAAAACUCACCUGCAUCGUAAAGAUUUAGCGGGCUGCGUGGUGGCGCAGUCCAAAUCAGGCUUCGUAGGUUGAUUGAUGACUCUAAGGUGUCCCUGGGUGUGAUUGUGUGACCCUGUGAUAGGCUGGGACCCGUCCAGGCUGUACUCCGCCUUUGCCCGACAGCAGCCAGGUUAGGCAGCUCCUUGACUCUGAAAGGGAUUUGAAAACAUUUUUUUAUUUAACCUUUAUUUACAAGGAAAUUGUCCCAUUGAGAUUAAGAAUCUUUUUUCCAAGGGAGUCCUGGCUGGGGGGAAACAACAAAUUACAUUUACAAUAAAAUGUCAACAUAAAAAACCUAAAUAAAGUAAAUCAAAAAUAGAGUUUAUGUAAAAUAGGUACAGAUAAAAGUGACUUUCUCCUCCAAUCUCGGCCUGGAUUUAAAAAUAUUCAGAGUUCUUUUAAUUUGUGGCAUGCAGUGGGUUAAAAAGAUGACUGACCAUUUAUAGUUUGUAAAAUAUACUAUUCUGCUGUGUAAGAUUUUUGCUUUCAUUCUUUUUGAACAUGGGUUUUAAUGCAUAAAUGGACUUUGGUGUUUACAUUUUUUUAAAUCUUUGUGUCUUUUUGAGAUGUUUGUGUGCGGUGCGUGGAUUGUUGUUGUCUGUUUCCACCGGCUGUUAAAGUGGUAACACAGCAAACCUGGCAGUAAUGCAUUCCUGCCAAUAUUUACACCCGGCCCAUGUCUCAUUGGCUGCAUUGAUUCCUGAGUGCACGGGACGACGGAUGCUGGCCUCUCAGUCAAUUGUGAGAUGAAUUACAGACGUCCUUCCUGAUUUUAGCAGAGUGCUGCUACUCAGCGAUGGAAGCCUCACCCUCCUCUGCCUCUAAUGGGGUUUUAAGUACAGUCCUUUAUGGCCAAUAAUGCACAGAGAUGGCCAAAGUCUGGUUGAGUUGUAGCCUUGGCAGAUUUCUGUGUGCUGCAAUUUAGUGGUGAGUUUCCUGUCAUCUUGGGGCCUGGGGAUUGUCAAUUAACAGACGUCCAUUGUGCAUUCUCGCUGUAAUUGUACGAUCUGCCUGCACGCAUCACCCAGUUUGCCAUGACUUCCAGCCGUUCGGCGCUGCAUCCGGGCGGCUGGUCGUGUGACUCUCAGGGUUUGAAAUCUGAAUGUCUGGCUGAUUUCUCAGGUGUCGUCACUGUUGAUCUGUGAUGAGGGGAAACCAUUCGGAUGUAUUUUGAGUUCCCUUUGGGGACUGCAAGGACUUGUGGGAAGAUGACCUGAUUUCUAAUUUUCUCCUUGCUUGCCAGCGCUGUGGGCUAGUGGCUGCUACAGAGAGCUCAAUGAAAGGAGUGAGGACAUGAAGCAAACGAGACCUUUUUAGGAAAUGGAAUUCUGUCAUUGCUUUUCUCCCUAAAUGUGGAUUUUGUCGAUGGACAACAGUGUAACUGUGUUGACCUGUCAGUAAAUCCAGGUAAGACGGCUCCCUCCGGCUGACUUUGACUUUUGGCACAGCAUUAGACAUGUUUAUGACCCAUAUUGUGUUUGAUGCAGCAUCUUGUUGUAAUAAAACCUGCAGACAAAAACUUGUAA